AACGACGUGUAAUUUCAGUUACAGAUUUGCUUAAAAAAUACCAGCACUGUCUGAAUCUGCUUGCUCUACGUUAAUGGUCGUUUGCAUCCUAAGAGCAAAUACAUACACAAAGAAAUUUUAUUGUUAAAGGACUAAAUAUCUGAAACGCCAAUUUUCUUUUGACUACAUCUUGACAAGGAAGGACCCCCCGCCCCAGCUCGCUGCCCAGUUACACCCCAGGCACACCAGUUCUUCCAUUCUCCUGCAGGACUUAAGCAAUUUGAAGUACUGCCACUGGGAUUUUGCAAGCAAGUAUUGGUACACUUCCUCUUUAGCUGCAGAAACCUACUUCAACAUGAAAUGAGCCAUUUUAAGCUGCUUCACUUCAGCACACAGUCCGUCUUCCUAAGGCUUCAAAUGAAAAAGGCAAUGCGUGCUUGAUCGAAGAUAAAUGUGCAGGAGAGGACAUAUUUAAAGAGGCUGGAGGAAAAUGGCCAACAACAAAGUAAUACUGGUUCUUGUCUAUGGAGGAAUCUGGAAAUCACUUUCUACAGCAACAUCUCAAAACACUUCCAUGAAUAAACAAAAUGCAUACACCAGUAUCAGGAGUCCAGCAGAAGACAAAGCUCCUCUGUAUCAACUGCAAGCAACUGGACCCAGUUUACACAAAUCUGGAAAAGCACUGACAGUUACAACAUCACCUCAGUUCCCCAAAGCACAUGCAGAACCUAGCAAUGGAAGCUGGAUAGCAGCACUGAUAAUCGGCAUCAUUUUGAUUAGUAUGAUAAUGGCUAUUAUUAUCAUUCUUCUGUGGAAAUGCUGCAAGAGGCCAGUUGUAGUUGAUUCAAAUUGGGCAGGUCGGUCUCCAUUUGCAGAUGGAGACACACCAGAUGUCUUUAUGGACUCUGACCAGGGUACCAAACGUUCAUCAGUUUUAUUUAUGUUGCCUUGGAAAUUGAAACAAGACACAAACUUCCAUGACCAUCCCACUGCAUCGGAGAAACCACCCCAACCCACUACCAUCAAUGAAAACCACCAGUUGUCUCCACCGGCCGAAGACUGCUCUGCAGCCACCGUUUCAGUUUCCAACAAGGAUGCAUCUCCAGCGCCCACCUCAGAAGCAGCAAGCUGUGCACGCAACUCCUAUCCUCCCGCAGCGGCCUUAUCCGAAUGCCUAGAUCUGCCACCUCCGCCUGACUGGCUCAGGGAACCAACUGAGGGUCACAGUUCAGACCCCAGCAAGUACCAGGAAUUUCACUCAGAAGCAGAGGAACAAUUGCCGCCUCCACCUGAGUUACUCACUCAAGAGAUUCAGGAGCCACUGCCCCAGCUGCCACAGCCAGAACACCCUUUGUAGGCUGCCAAGAUUGAUUUCCAGCAUACUUCACAUAUUUCUUAAAUGAAGUAUUCAAGUAACUGAAAAAAAAAAAAAGGAGAAGCUGAUGCAGACCAGAACUGUGAGACCACAGUGCAGGCACUUCCCCAGCAUUUCUUCACUUGACUUCAGCUUUCACAAAAGGGAACAACCUGCUUCCGCCUGAAGCAAAUAAUUGCAAAAUACAGUAUGGAUUGAGCCCACUAGUUAUCUGUAACUAGCAACUCCAGAUUUUGGAGACCACAGAAAACAGUACCCACACCUUCAUGUGCCAGUAUAUACCUACACGUAACACAUGGACAUGGAGCUUUCAAGAAACAGUACAGCUGUAGAUGUUCUCAGGGCUACUAAAAAUUGUUUGUUCUACUAGGCUGUGUAAGUGAAUGCAAUGAAUUCAAGUUAAUUUUAAUAAAGCUUCCUAAUUCAAAGAUG